CCUCCAGCAGGAAGCCAUGUCCUCCCCAGAAAUCUCCUCCCUGUCGUGGGGCCACAUGAAGGUGAAAGGAUGCUCUUCCAGCUACAAGGACUGCAAGGUGUGGCCGGGGGGCAGCCGGGCCUGGGACUGGAGGGAGACCGGCACCGAUCAUCGCCCAGGGGUGCAGCCUGCUGACCUGGAGGAGGUGAUCAAGAAGGGCGUGGAGCUGCUGGUGAUCGGCCGCGGCAUGAGCGAGGCCCUGCAGGUUCCUUCCUCCACGCUGGACUUCGUGAGGCAGAGCGGCGUCGACGUCAAGGUCCUGCAGACGGAGAAAGCUGUGGCCGAGUACAACAAGCUGGCGGCGCAGGGCGCCAGAGUGGGGGGCGUCUUUCACUCCACCUGCUGAUGCCGCCGGGCUGGGAGGACGGGGGGUCACGGAUCUGUGUUUCUCUCCUCGCUUCACUCAGGAUCAUAGAAACCAGAUUUGUGACGGACAAACUUUCAGAGUAGAUUCUGCCAGACGUACAGAGAGAAGUAGAGGUUUAUAAACAUCCGAGCUCGUGAGGUGAAAGAAGCAUCAUCUCCUCAGCUCCGGGUACUCCCAGGGUGUCGUCACUAGGCCUGUGUUGAAAAAAAAUUUCCGAUUCUAAAUCGAUUCUCAUAUUAAUUCCUAAAAAUCGAUUCGUAUGUCUAAAGAUCGAUUUAUUUUUGUUUUCAUCAUUACAUUAUAACUUUUGGUAUUUUUGUGUUUAUGCCCAAAAAAAAGGAUGUUUUGUUGGACACAAUGUUUUUGCCUUUACAUAUGUUUAAAGGUAUGAAAACAUUAAAGUUUUCAGUUAUAAUUGCAUACAUUUUCUAUAUUUCAUUACUUUAUAUACUGUCUUAGGUUUACAUUUGCAUAAAAUGCUAAAAACCAAAUUCUCAAAAAGGAAAAUCCCGAAAAAGACAGAAAAUGAAAAAAUAAAUAAAACCGGAACGUGGGAAAAAAUAAAACCGAUUUCAUCCGUCUCCGUUUCCUCCCUGGAUCUGUUUGGUAAUUCUG